AUGUUCAGGCGGCACCCGCCAAUAGUUGGUAUAUUGGGUAAUUGGCUUCCCUUCUUGAGUCCAACGGGAGGCUUUUGUUACACGAUGGCAAGCUGGAUACGAAACAGUGGUACAGAGACGGCUUCCAACGUGCCAAAAGUGCCCGUCAGCAAGUCAAAUAGCAGCAUGCCCGUUGCGGGUAACGCUUCUUUUUGUGCUUCGGUUGUGCCGACGCGUGAUCGUCAACUAUCUCUUGAUGAGGGGAGGAAAUGUCUCUCCCAGAACUGUGUCGGCAUCCACGCCCCACGGCUACAUGCAUGUCUCUCUGCCUGCGGGGGAUCUGCAGGCCCGGCACUUCUCGUAGCAUACGGUUCAAACUAG